ACUGUUAAUGGUUAAAAUAAAAACUCCCCAAUUUUCCAUCUUCGAUUUAGGGCUUUGACUCUCUCUCCUCCAACGAUUCCACUCUCUCUCUCUCUCUAGCUCUUCACUCGUUUUAUCAGAUUUCAGUCUCGAGUGUAAGACUGCAUCAGUAUCUUUGCAGGCCAUGCGCUGUUUGUGAAGAAGUUUUAUUUUUAUUUUUUUUUCCAGGUAAUUCUGUUGCUACUGCUUUUCUGUUUUCUUGGACACUAUCUUGACCGAAGCAUGUGGUGGCUUCUUACAGUUCGACCAGAUUGAAUUCAUAUUUGAUGGGUUCUCUUUCACCUGAUACUGGAUUUAUGCUCUAGUUUUGUGCACAGAAGAUUCGGCAAAUGAAUGGAUUUCUACUUUUCAUCUCUACCUGUUGAGGGAUUCCUAGUCUGGUUACCUGUUUGAUGCUCAUUUGGCUGCAUAUGGCUCUUCUAGUAGAGGUCUGAAAGUUGAAGCUAGUAUUACAGUUAUUGCCAACUGUUGAGGUCAGAUGGAUGACAGUGGGCAUCGUGAAAAUGGAAGACACAAACCACUUCCGGGUCAGUGGUUGAUGCAGCAUCAGCCAUCAAUGAAGCAAAUAAUGGCCAUUAUGGCUGAAAGAGAUUCUGCUAUUCAAGAAAGAAAUCUGGCAGUUUCUGAGAAAAAGGCAGCCUUGGCAGAGCGAGACAUGGCUAUCCUGCAGCGCGAUUCAGCAAUGGCAGAACGAAACAGUGCUAUUAUGGAACGAGACAAUGCCAUUGCCACUCUUCAAUAUCGGGAAAAUGCAAUGACUAGCAGUAGUAUGUCUCCAUGCCCUCCGGGUUGCCAAAUUUCACGUGGAGUGAAACACUUGCACCACCCACAGCAACACAUGCACCAUCAUCCUCACAUGAGUGAAGCACAAUACAUUUCGAGGGAUAUGCACACAAGCGAUGGCCUCUCGAUGUCACCGGUUGCCUCUGAGCCUGCAAAGUCUAGGCAGACUAAACGAACAAAGGAGGCCAAGGCAACGGCAUCUAACAGAAAGCCUUCCAAAUCUUUGAAAAAGGUCAAGAGGGAAGGGGAGGACCUGAAUAAGAUGAUGUUUGGCAGACAGGAUACGGGUAGUGGAGGUGAUGAUCUUGACAAACAGUUGGGCAUGUCAAAGCCCGAUUGGAAGGAUCAGGACCUGGGUUUGAAUCAGGUUGCAUUUGAUGAUUCUAUGCCAGUGCCAGUUUGCUCGUGCACAGGAAUCCUACGGCCGUGCUACAAAUGGGGAAAUGGUGGUUGGCAAUCUUCAUGCUGCACAACCACCAUGUCGAUGUAUCCACUCCCGGCUGUGCCUAACAAACGCCAUGCACGGGUUGGUGGUCGAAAGAUGAGUGGAAGUGCAUUCAACAAAUUGAUUAGCCGGCUUGCUGCUGAAGGACAUGAUCUAUCACAUCCAGUGGAUCUCAAGGACCAUUGGGCAAAGCACGGGACAAAUCGCUACAUCACCAUCAAGUAGUAUGUGAGGAAUCUUUCGAUGCAUGGAGUGAACUUAAAAUUCAGAUAACUACCUUCAGAGGGGCAGGUAUAGAUCCUUAAUUCUACUUUAGUUAUGGGGAAGAAACAGUGACGUAACAGAUAUUAUGGAAUAAGAGACAACCAGCCUACCAAGUACUUGCGUAAUUUGGGAACAUUUUGUCUCUCUCUCUCUCUCUCUCUCUCUCAGAGUUCUUGUUUCGUUUCCCAAUCCAUAUGGCUGCUGUUGUUAUUCCCUUGGCUUAACACUAGUUGAAUGUGUGAAUUGUAAAGUAGAGCCGUAGUAAUAUUUCGAAGUUUUGUUGUAACUGCAUGAAUAGUAAUGAAUUUGUUCCAAAAGUAUUUCCAUGUUGUGGAGUAUUGUUGGUAGUGUUCUCACAACAGCUGUUUGGAGAAGUGAUAAAUGAAACAAAAGGCUUUGGAACAUAUAUAUCUGUAUUUGUUGGUUUUCGGAUGCUUUUCUGAAGUUGGGAGAUUAUUGCCCUGUUGUUCCUGCA